AUGGAGUACAAGCAUUUCAGCCAUCCCCACAACUUAGUAAUCCACCGUGUCUAUGAAUUAAGCCAACAAGUCAACUGCUUCGGUUGCAACUCUUCCUGUGACAACACCACCGCCGCCGUCCACGCCUGCCACCAAUGCAACUUCUUCCUCCAUGACCACUGUGCCAACGCCGGCCGUUACGUAAAACACCCAUCUCAUAAACCCCACCCUCUCAUCCUCCUUCCUUAUCCUACCUACGCCGGCGGAUCUUUCAUCUGCAACGCCUGUGGUCUCGCCGGAAAAUCCUUCUCCUACUGCUGCACCCUCUGCGAGUUCGAUCUUCACGUCGGUUGUGCUUUUAUGCCGAUGUCAGUAACUCACGUAACCCACCAACAUAAACUUAGUCUUUUCUAUGGUGUUCCGGUGGUUCCACGGCGUGGAAGUAAUAUGGAUCUUGAAUAUUGUCAUAUAUGUCGAAAGGUUUUGGAGGGAAGGCACUGGGCUUAUUGUUGUCAAGGUUGUGAUUUUAAUGUACAUACUGCUUGUGCCACCACGGAGGUGGUGCCAGGGUUGUACCAGGAUGAUUCGCCGGAUUGUGGAGCGACGGAGGGACAGGGGACGGCGGCAGACGGUGGCGGAGGUGGUGGGAAUGUGGUGGAGGUGGAAUUGACGGAGGAGGAUCUUAUUCGGUUGUAUAAUAUUAAGUUACAGAUGCAGCUGGCGGAGCAACUUGCACAAAGCAUGGCUUCAUUGUCCACUCAUGGCGGAUAA